GUUGUUCUAGUGAUUGUCGUCAAGGUUACAUCAAACCAUAACAGCUAGGCAAAACACUUUGUUAAUCAAGAUGGGUCAGGAUUAUUAUAGCAUUCUUAAGCUGACAAGAAGUGCAUCAGACGCCGAUAUUAAAAAAGCUUAUAAGAAAGAAGCCCAGAGAUAUCAUCCACUAAAGAACGCUGACAGUCAAGAAGCGGUAGAAAAAUUUCGAUUGAUAGCAGAAGCAUAUGAUGUUUUAAGUGAUCCAAGAAAAAAGGCAGUAUACGAUCAGUUUGGUGAAGAAGGUUUGAAAAGCGGGGUUCCAGAUAACCAAGGUGAAGGAGGUGCUUGGACAUGUGGCUAUUCUUUCCAUGGUGAUGGUCACAAAGUAUUUCGAGAAUUUUUUGGAGGAGAUAAUCCAUUUCAAGAGUACUAUGAUAGAUUAGAUGGAGAUCUUCACUGGAGUUUUGGAGGGCUUCAUGGACGUGGAGCUAAGAAACAGGAUAAUCCAAUCGAGAGAGAUCUAGCACUGUCCCUAGAAGAAGUCUUCCAUGGCUGCACAAAGAAAAUGAAAAUUUCUAGGAAAGUCAUGAACGAUGAUGGACAUACAUCAUCAAUAAGAGAUAAGAUUUUGACGAUAACUGUUAAAAAGGGAUGGUUACCAAAUACUCGAGUAACUUUUCCUCAAGAAGGCGACCAGGGACCAAACAAGAUUCCCGCCGAUAUUGUAUUCAUUUUGAAAGAUAAGUCGCACCCAAGAUUUAGAAGGGAGGGUUCAAACCUGAUCCAUAAAGCAAAUGUACCACUUGGACGAGCAUUGACAGGUCAUGUUGUUGAGAUUUUAACGCUAGACGAAAGAACCUUAUAUAUUCCAAUAAAUGAUAUCAUUAAGCCUGGAUACAUCAAAACUGUACCAAGGGAAGGUAUGCCUAUUAGUUCUAAUCCAGAGCAGAAAGGAGAUCUUAUUUUAGAAUUCGAUAUUGAAUUUCCUAAAACUUUGAAUACGGAAAGAAAAGACUUGGUUAAAAAAGCGUUGUUGCUAUAA